GAAAUGUGAUGCCGCUUGCGUUAGUUUGGAGCUGGCUCCACUCCCGGAUGGCAGCGGUCCCUUUAAGAAAAUCAUGGGUGUGUAAAGAUAUAUUUUUUUGUGUUAGUUCUGGGCCUGCCGGUCGCGUUCCAUUUAGCGUUUUCUUAGGCUACUUGCCAAAAUGCGUGGCAUUACGAUACAAAUUACACACUACCGCGAAAAUUCAACCUAAUGUAGUUUAUCUUUAUACUUCAAUGGGCUUGAGAAACACUUUGAGUGUACAAUAGAAAAGAGAAGGCAAAAUAGGACGCGUGAUAAUGCGAAACAAUUCGGAAUGGGACGUGGCCAGAAAAAAUAUUCGCCACUUAUUGGUAGGUUCACCACAACACGGGAAAAGUGGCAAAGCCGAUAAACAUUUGAGUAAUUAAUAAUCGAGGGGAAAAAAACGGACAGUCACGGAAAAGGAAGGGUUGAAGCCACAUCAUCUGCCUGUUUUUAUUUUUGGUCAGUUUUCUAAGUGACCGGCGGCCAUUGCAGGCUCCCACGGGCAACAUGGUUGUCCAAGCUGGGCGGCAAUGAGCGGCGUGUAGCACUUGAACAUCAGCGGCUGUGUGCGAACCGAACUCGGUCUCUCUUUAGUCCUCAAGAUGGGGCAUCCUCCUCUGGAGUUCAGCGACUGCUACUCGGACAGUCCUGACUUCAGAGAGACGCUCAAGUGCUAUGAAUUGGAGCUGGAGAGAACUCGGAAAUUCCUAAAGGAGCUGAUAAAGGAUGGAAACAGUGUGAUCAAUGCAAUAAAAGGUUAUUCUGUGGCUGUACAGAAGUUCUCCCAAACUCUCAGCGUGUUCCAGUUCGACAUCAUAGGCGAGUCCCUGACAGAUGACGAGAUUAACAUUGCUCAGUCCUUCCAAGAGUUUGCGGGACUCCUACAGGAAGUGGAGCAUGACAGGGUGAUGCUGGUUCAGAAUGCUUCAGAUCUACUCAUCAAACCUUUAGAGAAGUUCAGAAAGGAGCAAAUAGGAUUAACAAAAGAGAAGAGGAAGAAAUUUGAGAAGGAGAGUGAAAAAUAUUACUCCCAGCUGGACAAACACCUGAGUCUUUCUGCCAAGAAGAAGGAGAGUCAACUUCAAGAGGCUGAUGAAAUCUUGUAUAAGGAGCGAGUUAACUUCUAUGAGUCCUCCGUGGAAUAUGUGUACCAGAUACAUCAGGUCCAAGACAGGAAGAAGUUUGAUGUGGUGGAGCCAGUGCUGGCGUUUCUUCACAGUGUUUUAACCCUCAACAACCUGACGGUGGAGAUGACACAGGACUUCAUGCCCUACAAGCAGGAGCUUCAACUCAGUCUGCAGAACACAAGGAACCACUAUGAGAGCACUCGUGAGGAGAUGGAGGACCUCAUGAAACGAAUGAAGCAAUCGUCGCAGAUCUGCAAAAUGCCCAGUUGGCUUCCUGUGGAGGGUUAUCUGUACUGUCAGGAGAAGUGGGCUCUGGGCGUGAGCUGGGUGAAAUACUACUGCAAGUACCACAAAGAGGGGAGAAUGCUGGUCAUGGUCCCCUGUGAACAGAAACCCACCACUAAACAGGGUCCUACGCAGCUCACCUUGAAGUCUUGCAUCCGCCGGAAGACAGAGUCCAUAGACAAGCGCUUUUGUUUUGACGUGGAAGUUAAUGAGAGAAACACUCCAGUCACGUUCCAGGCUCUUUCGGAGGGAGACAGGAAGUUGUGGAUGGAAGCCAUGGAUGGAAAGGAGCCUAUCUAUCACUCCCCAAUUCAAAACCAGGCGGAAAUGGAAUUGAAUGAAAUUGGAUUCAAGUUUGUGCGGAAGUGCAUCAACUACGUGGAAGAAAAGGGAGUGACACAAGAGGGUCUGUACAGAACAGUCGGCAGCAACAUCCAAGUGCAAAAGCUUCUAAAUGCAUUCUUUGAUCCUGCAAACUCAGCAAACGUGGAUCUGAAUAGUGGCGACUGGGACAUUAAAACCAUCGCCAGUGCCAUGAAGUUUUAUCUGAGAAGCCUUUGUGAACCUCUGAUGACCUACGAUCUGCACCGAGAUCUCAUGUUAGCUGCAAAGUCUGACAGUCUUGACUUUCGACUGAGUGAAAUCCAUUCCCUCACCUACAAGCUGCCUGAGAGAAAUCGAGAGAUGCUAGAGAUGCUCAUCAAACACUUGGUGGUCGUGUGCAGUCACAGCGAAGAAAACCUCAUGACUCCUUCAAACAUGGCCGUCAUCUACGGACCCACGCUGAUGAGAGCCAAGGAGGAGACGGUGGCCGCCAUGUUGGAUAUAAAAUUCCAAAAUAUUGUCGUGGAGAUAUUGAUCGAGGAAUACAACAAGAUUUUCAGUCAUAUGCCAGAGGACAGCAGCGCCCCACCCAUCCCUCCUCCACGCAUCACCCCGAGAAAGCGGCAGCCCAUCACCAUUUCCAAGCGGCCGCCUCGUCUUUAUCCACCUCUGAGUCACGAGCGCUUCCAGUCGCCGCUGCAGCAGCACACUGAAAAUGGCCAGAGUAGCGACUAUGCGGUCGAAAGGGACGUGUCAGCGAGCCCUGUCCCCCUGCAGAGGACCAAAUCCCCAAACUGCGCUCCGUUCGUCCCCAGAGAACCUCCUCGUAGACAAGCGCCAGUGCACAGAGCCACCAGACCAGGCGACUGUGAUGUCCCCAAAGUAGAAAAAACAGAAUCUUCUUCAGUGUCAAACGGGGAGUCUGGAUUCCCUUCAUUCCAGAGCAGGAGACCUCCUCUUAAAGCGGAAUGUGAGGGUCCCAUCAAAACAAGGCCCACAGAGAAACCCCCCAUAUGUAGACCCCCGACGAGGCCUCCUGAGCCCCCGUCUAGGACACCCUCUUUUAAGAUCCAGAGCACUGCCAGCAGCGAUGGAGCCGCAGCGUCUUAUGUUGCCUCAAAAAUGAAAUUUUUUGAGAACGCCUCAAAGCAAGUUAGCAGUGAUCCAGUCUCACAGUCAGCAGCUACAAAUGUGAAAAAAGAGAAUUCAAGCUAGACAAGGCAGUGCGGCCUCAACACGGCAAGCUGCUCAAUGUGUGAAUAGUCGCACAUCAACUCGCUGAACAGGUUCCAUUUUGUGUGUGUGUGUGUGUUGUAAAAAGCAACACAAGCAGUGACUUUUGAAUGUUCAGGCACAUUUUUGUUUUUGAACAUUAUUCUAAAGUGAAAGGAGUUCCUUUUUGUUACAGUCUUGUUCCACGCCGGUAAAAGUAUUGAUUGGUUACUAAGACGACUAACUUGUAAUUGUCUCAAAACACUUCGUAAUGUUCUUUAACCUGUUUGAUUCACAAUAGUUAAAGUGCACUUUUAUAUUAUCAUCUUAAACACUGAUUUAAGAAAAAAAUGGCCAAUAGAUUUUUGUCCAAAAUGAACCUGAAAACGUGUUGCUCUUUUUAAUGACACAAACUAAGAAUACUUUAAAGUAUUUCCUGCCCUCCUAGGUCAACCUUUGAUCAAAUGUUUCUGUUUGCACUUCCAAAAAGGGUCACAUUUUAAGCUACUUUUGUUGUUGUUUUGUUCCAUAUUGAUUCUCCAUGUUUUCUUUUCCUUCAACUUGAAAAUUGUGUUUGCUUCCUCAAGUUUUCACAAAGAAAACAAAUAAAUAUGAACAAUGUGAAUAGUCUGACAAAGAACCCUGAUACUCUUUUGUUUCUAUGCCAUUUCAAUAACACAACUGAGGGUGUCAAUAAAAGUAAUAAUUGACUACAAGUUUUCCCCUUUCAAGUAAAUUCACCAGCGGUCUCAUGUAUUAAGCUUGCGUACACACAAAAACCUGAUGUUCGCCCUUCUUCACAGCAAAAAUGAGAUGUAUCAAGAGUGAAAUAAACGUAAUGUGCGCUGCCUCACGCCAUCUUCAGGCUUCACGUACGCACAUUUCUACAUGCUGUGGAUACUUUGGCGACAGAGGUUUUUGUUCGGGCUUUGCAAACAUUUGAUUUCAACAAUGUAAAAAAAGAUUGAGGCAAAGACUCAAAAUUCACUUUUUCGCCAAUGCAUUUAAUGCUUCAUAUUCAUAUUUGUGAGGACGUUUAUUAAUUUAUGUAGGCGAUCAUUUUUUAUUUUACAAAUUUAUUAAAACUACAACAUGAAAACAUCACAUGUACAUAAGUAUUCACAGCCUUUGUUCAAUACUUUGUUGAUGCACCUUUGGCAGCAAUCACAGCCUCAAGUCUUUUUGAAUACGAUGCCACCUAUGCACCUAUGUACACCUAUUUUUGGGCGUUUUCGCCCAUUCCUCUUUGCAGCAUCUCUGC